AUGGGGAGCAAGGGGCGUAUGCCUCCUCCUUACCACCACCGGCCGCUCCCUGGUCCCGGCUCUGGCCCGCCGCAUGGCAUGAUGCACCGUGAUCCGUACGGCCCGGGCAUGCACCCACCGCCAGGGCCGGGGCCAUACCCCUACGAUAUGUUGCCGCCGCCUGAGAUCCUGGAGCAGAAGCUCGCGGCGCAGUGUGGAGAGAUACAGAAGCUGGCGCUGGAGAAUGAACGGCUCGCCGCGAGCCAUGCGUCUCUGAGGAAAGAGCUCGCUGCCGCGCAGCAGGAGCUGCAGAGGAUACAGGCGCAGGGGGAGGCGGCGAAGGCCGCCGAGGAGCAGGAGAUGAGGGGGCUCCUUGAUAAGGCUGCCAAGAUGGAGGCCGAUCUCAAGUCCUACGAGUCUGUCAAGGCGGACCUGCAGCAGGCGCACGCGGAGGCGCAGAACCUGGCGGCGGCAAGGCAGCAUUUAUUGGCGGAUGCGCAGAAGCUGAACAAAGACCUGCAGAGGAACUUUGGCGAGGCACAGCAGCUGCCUGCACUCAUGGCUGAUCUUGAUGCUGCUAGACAGGAAUAUCAGCACCUCAGGGCUGCAUAUGAGUAUGAAAGGAAACUGAAGAUGGACCACUCCGAGUCGCUGCAGGGAAUGAAGAAAAAUUAUGACUCCAUGGUUACAGAGUUAGAGAAGCUUCGUGCUGAGUUGACAAACACAACUAAUGUUGACAGAAGUGGUACUUUGUACAAUCCUAAUUUUGCUCAGAAGGAUGGUGGUACAUCUAGCCACCAUUCUGCUUAUGAUGGUGGCUAUGGGGGUGCACAGGCUAGGACGCCCCCUGGUAUGCCAGACCCUUUAAGCGGAAGCCCAGCUGGAACUGCUCCUCGUUCUGGAUAUGAUCCAUCAAGAGGGAAUGCAUAUGAGACUUCUCGUCUUGCUAGAGUCCAUGAUGCAUCAAGGGGUGCUACUGGUUACGACUCUCUAAAAGUUGCUGGAUAUGACACUUCUAGAAUGCCUGCACUUGGAGGUCAGGCAGCGGCUCCAACUGCUCAUGGGAGUAGUGCUGGUUACUAUGGAUCAAGUCAGGUCACACCACCUUCGCAUGCACGGGCACCAGGUGCUGCACCCACAUAUGGAUCUGCACAGGUGCCACCAUCAUAUGCUUCUGGGCCAGUCCCGUCUUCAUCAUACGGCGCAACAACAGCGCGACCUCAUGGCUCAGCUCAGGGGCUACCAUCAUAUGGACAAACACAGGCUCCAUCUUAUGCACACACACAGAUGCCACCAUCCUAUGGACUAGCACAGGCAUCAUCACACUUCGCCCCAACCCAGGGGGGGUCACCGUACGGGUUGUCUGCACAGCCUCAGGGCUAUGGAUCCGCGCAAGCAGCACCUAACACCAGUGGUGCUUAUCAAGCUCCACAUGGACGUAGAUAA